CACUGCCCAGAGGAGUCAUCAGGAGAGUGGUGUUAGUAGUGUUUGUUGUCUUGUGUGUAUGUGUGCCCUAACAGUCCUCAUAGAUAUAUUGUGGUGUCUUUCAUGUUUUGGUGGUGUGUGUAGUGAGUGUGUGAGUGUGUAGAGCCAGAGGCUAAGGGAACUACUACUACUACUAUUACAACAGGCAUGAAGUGAACUAAUACACCUAAAAAAAAUUUUUAAGGAGACAUGAAAGAGAAAGAGGAAGAGGAGCGCCGGGAACUGGUGUCAGGUCAUGGAGGAGCGUUAGGUCCCAUUACAAGCAUCGGUGGUUCAAGUGGAUCGUUCGGAUCGACACCACGACUGACUCAUACGCCAACUUCGCCCGAUUUUCAGCCGCCAUACUUUCCGCCGCCAUAUAAUCUACCGCAACAACAGCUGGACUUUCACCAUCAUCACGCUGUCAAUGCGGCCGCUGUUGCGGCAGCCGAUCCGUACUCGCAUCUCAACAGUCUGGCCACUCAACAGCACCAACAGUAUCAUCAGCUACACCCGGCCCAGACUGGCCGACCCAAUCAUAAUGUGCUGCAGGGAGGCGGYGGCGGCCGACGGGACGACAACGAUGCACAGCACUUGCAAUCGCAUAUGCAUUCGGCAGCCCUGCACGGCGGCUACGGUGACGUCACUGUAUCGGUAGCCGCCACUGUAAACGCUGCCCGACGUAGUACAGACAUGGUCUACGGGAAUGCCCGCCGACCCGAUGUGCUCAUGCAUUCGGGUCAUACACUCAGUGAACAAGAUUUGCUCAAUCUUCAUAAUGCCGGUGCCCUACCAUCGCUAGAUGACACACAGGGCGGAGGCAUUGACGACCCGUCACAACUGUUCUCUGGCGACCACAACAGUGUCAUCCGCAAGGGUAUMAUGAAUGGUAUAAAGCCACGCAAUAGUGAUAAUCACAAAGAGAUGGUCAUUACGGGAGUGACCUCACCGACCGACGUGUUUUGUUCAGUACCGGGACGACUAUCAUUGCUCAGUUCGACCUCCAAGUACAAAGUGACCGUCGGUGAAGUCCAGAGACGACUAUCGCCGCCCGAAUGUCUAAACGCCUCGCUAUUGGGAGGCGUCCUACGCAGAGCCAAAUCCAAGAACGGCGGCCGAUCCUUAAGGGAAAAGUUGGAAAAGAUUGGACUCAAUCUGCCGGCCGGUCGUCGGAAAGCAGCCAACGUUACACUAUUAACAUCUUUAGUUGAAGGUGAAGCAAUACAUUUAGCCCGCGAUUUCGGGUACGUAUGCGAGACAGAGUUUCCCGCCCGACAAAUUGCCGAAUACCUGUGCCGUAACCACUCGGAUCCAUCGGAUAUGUACCGACGAAAAGAGCUGGUGUUGGCCACUAAGCAAUUGUUGAAGGAGUUCAUCGAUUUGCUAAACCAGGACCGGUCGCCACUAUGUAAUACCCGGCCCCAGACAAUACUCGAGCCAAACAUUCAGCGAAAUUUGACACAUUUUUCACUCAUCACACACGGCUUCGGUAGUCCAGCCAUAGUAGCAGCACUUACGUCAGUCCAGAAUUUUAUGACCGAAUCGCUCAAAUACCUCGAAAAGCAAUUAAGUACUUAUCAAACGGCUACUGGUGCUCAUAUGCCCAAUGCAACCUCUGCUCAGAUCGAGACCAAAAAGGAGAUCGAUUUAGUCAACAAAAAGUAGACCACAUUUUUACUAUUAUUAUAUUAUUAAUAAUCUAACCGACCCUUCAAUCUAUAUAAAUAUAUAUAUAAC